UACCUUCCCCUUCCCCUUCCCCCUCCAUAUACAUCACCUUCUACGCUAUCCACAUCGCAAAUUUCAAUCAAUCCUCUCUCGACCCAUCCACAACCUCAUCGCCUUCCCGAGCCGCUCAUCGUCCCUCGUUAUCCCUAUCAUCCAUCGGUUCGGUGACUUUCGUUCGUACACAAUACCACCAAUUCAGCGGUCAAUUCCUUUCGCUAUUAGAGUCUUCUCGAUCACAAUUUCGCUUCCUCAAACGGUAGCCUUAUUCAACCUCUUCCACUCACAGUUUCGUCAUCAUGGCUACCUUGGCGGAACAUCCGGCCGUGCCCUCGACCUACGAACAAGACAUUGAAACAUUCCUGGAUCUCGACCAACUCGCAUACACCACUGCGGAAAAUGCUCGAUCAAAGACCGCAUUGAUUACUCAACCCACUCUUCCCAGCACCGAGUUCAACGCAGGCGAUGUACGAAGUGCUGGUUUCGCUUCGACAAAUCCCACGCCAGUCGCAUAUCAAGCGCCGAGUCACCAAUACGAUGAACAUAAGCAGCAGACCGGUCUGCCGCCAGGCGCUCUUGCUCAUGCCAUGACCUUCAACCACAUGAACGGAAUGGGGUUCGGUGGCGCCAGCCCAAACUAUCCCAUGAAUGGUGACAUGUAUGCCGGCGCUCAGCUCAAGCGCGAAGAUGCCCCCAUGGACUUCAACAGCCCUCCGACACGCAACCCUUCCGAGAUGGACCUGGAGUCCGACGGCAUGGGGACCGCUUCUGCUUACUUCCUCUCGCCAAAUCCCAGCAACCGGAAUCAGUUUGUGGAUCCUAACGCCUUGAGUGGCCAUGAGGUUGUGCCCGCGGGCCCCUCAACUCAAGUCGGUCGCAUGUAUCCCGGUAUGCACCAGCAACAAGCGGCCAUGGCCAAGGCAGCACAACAACAGAGGCAUCACGAAUUCCUCCGCCAGCAGCAAUUCCAACAGCAACAGCGUCGCUUGGAGGAGCAUAUGCAUGGCCAUGGAGCUCCCCAUAGCCAGACUCCUCGCCCACCUAAUCCGCUGGUGGAAGAGCGGAUCUCGCGGCUUUUGCAACAAAUGCGCCAGAAUGCUAUGGGUUCGCCCGAUGAUUCGCCCUCGCCUUCUUCGUCUCUACCUCAAAUGGCCAAGGCUAAGAAGGACGAGCAGGAUAUGGAUGAGGAUGAGCGUCUGCUGGCCAGUGAAGAGGGCAAGAAGCUCAGCAGCAAGGAACGUCGUCAGCUCCGUAACAAGGUUUCUGCUCGCGCCUUCCGUUCUCGCCGCAAGGAGUACAUCGGUCAGCUCGAGAGUGAAGUGGCCGCCAAAACCACUGAAGCCCAUGAGCUUCGUCUCCAAAACCGUGCUUUGUUCGAGGAGAAUGGUCGUCUGACAGACCUCGUUCGCACUCUUCUAUCCUCCCCUCAUUUUGGCCAGGUUUUGGACGAACUCAGUGUCGGCGGUGUUCCGAUUUCCAGCCAAGCGCAACAGCAGCAACACUCCCAACAUCAGCAUCAACCCCAGCCCCAGCCUCAACCCCAACAGCAGCUCGCACACCCUCAGCCUCAGCAGCAGCAGCAGCAACCGCCCAUCAUGUCUCAGCCACCCAUGCAGCAGCCUCCCCAGGCUAGCAUGGUAAUGGUUCCCAAUCAGGGACUCGAUGGAUCUGCUAUGGCGUUGAACAAUGGAGGCUGGAACUCGGGAAUUGACAUGAACUUCGGAAAUGCCUCAGUCUUCGCCGUUCUGGAGGUUCCUGAGCCCACGAUCGAUUCGGAAGCUCUUUCUGGCAAGUCUUCUACUCUUGUGGAGUCUUACUUUCCCAACUUCUCUGGGGCCAAGAGCGAGGCGUCUAUUCUCAAGUCUUUGCCCUUGACGGCUAAGGAGCCUACCGUUGUUGGCAUCGAGAACCCCGAUGUCGAGAUUGAUGAGUCCGAUCCUGCUUUUGCCCUAUUCCUCGACCAGCCUAGCGCUUCUGCCACAUCGAAAUCGCCUGCGACUUCAGUGGAAGAUCUCUCCGAAAAGACCACGUUCGAGCUUGUGCUAGAGAACCAGCCUCAGGAAUGUCAUGCUCGGUUUGCUCAACUGUGUCACAGUAUGGAGGCCGCCUUCGAACGCGUUUCCUUGAUGACUUCUCACCUCUCAUGA